CAUGUGCGUCAUGUUUUUCUCUCUGAAGUUGCAUGCAAACAAGCGCAGGCAUUCUCCAGUGAACUCAAGUCCGCGUGCGUGGACACCUGGUAUCGGAACGAGACAGCUGAGCACACAACCCAUUCUCAUCCAACGGAACGUGAACGUAAGAACAUAAGGCUAAAUGGUAACCUGUGUUGCGUGGUCCAAUCAAGUUGAUGUUGCGUUAAAUAAGAGCAGAGCUUUGCUGGCUUAAGCGCAGCAGCCGUGUUUAGAUUGAUAUCGGCGAGUUAUGAACUAAGCGCGCGUGCGUAAACAUCGUUUUGCGGGACAGAACGAUAGAUUGGACCAGUUCCUGUGUUGCGCAGGUGUCCAAUUUACUAGAAAAAAGGAAAACUUUCCUCAACGCCGGAGAAUAAGAAGUUUUGGUGAAAGUUUAUGCGCUGACAUUGGUUCAACCCGCUAACGAGUGGAUUAUCAUCGAGGAGAAUUGCUGUGUUCCGGAACGAAUUAAAAAAUCAUCUAGCUGGUUGUUCGGUGUCAGAAUGUUAUAACAACAUUUUCAUUGUUGCAGCGAUAGCAUUGAAGUGAUUUAUAACUGUGAUUUAUAACGAAACUAAGUGAUGGUUAAUGAAAGCGCUCAAAUUGAUUGUUAGCGGUUUACUCUCGUGUGAAUGUGAUCCAAGCAAAGAAGAAUUACACGCUAGUUGUGAAUGUAAUGAAUUCAUGGAAUCUCAAUUUAAUUUGGAAUACAAGAAGUUAGGAAGAGACAACGGGAAACCAGGAUUACGCACUGUCCGCUCAGAUGGCCCAAAAACAUGACGACGAGUUCAUGAUCGUCAGCAUCUGUCUAGCUGGCGGGAUACUCACGUUUGCUCUGAUUUACUUCGUAAGGAAAUAUUUCCAGGGUGGUCAGUUCAAGAACAAGGAUAUACGGCUGGACGCCAAGGUGGUUAUCAUAACUGGGGCGAACUCGGGCAUUGGCAAGGAGGCGGCAAUUGAAUGCGCCAAACGGGGUGCUCGAGUGUAUAUGGCGUGUCGAAACGCCAGUCGGAUGGAGAAAGCUCGACAGGAGAUCCUGGACAAAUCUGGCAGCCAGAAUGUGUUCGGUUUGGAGCUUGAUUUGGCCUCGUUUCAGUCUAUUAAGAAAUUUGUUCAAACUUUUCUCAGCAUGGAACGACGCCUGCAUGUGCUAAUCAACAACGCCGGGGUGAUGACAUGCCCCAAAGCCUACAGCAAAGAGGGUUUCGAGAUGCAUUUUGGUACCAAUCACUUGGGGCACUUUCUGCUCACGAAUCUAUUGCUAGAGCUGCUGAAGAAGUCAGCUCCCAGCAGAGUCGUCACGGUUUCCGGCUUCGGCUACAAGUGGGGACGCAUUGAUAAGAACGAUAUCAACAGCGAGAAAGACUACCGCGAGUGGGUGGCAUACUCACAGAGUAAACUGUGCAAUAUUUUAUUCAGCCGACGGUUGGCCAGAAGGUUACGAGGGACGGGGGUGACCACAUACUGUCUCAAUCCUGGACUGAUCAAUACAGAGUUGAUGAGACAUUUGAAUCGGUUUCUGAUGAUUGCUGCGAAGCCAGUAUUCUGGGUAUUUUUCAAGUCGGCCAAAUCGGGAGCACAAACUACGCUGUACUGUGCAAUGGAGCCCAGUAUUGCGAAAGAAACCGGCAAAUACUAUAGCGAUUGUCGGCUCAAAGAACCGCGAGCUCAUGCCACGGAUGACGCAAUGGCAGAAUGGCUGUGGAAUAUUAGCGAGAAGCUAACGGGACUGAAUCGGUAGGAAUGUAAAGCAUUUCACUUUUCAGAGAAUGGUGAUUUGUGGUGGACUUCAAGAGUGUAUGAGACAGGUAACCUUUGAGUAUUACUAACAAUAAGAACGAUUUGCAUCAUGCGAACAAGUAUAGAGUUAGAACGACCUCUGCUGUGCUGAGGUUUACAUAAACGAAGUGGAUUGAAACAGAACGAUGAAAAUUCAAUAAAGUAAAUCUAAAAACAACAUUGUUUUGGGGGAAUUAACUCGAAGACAAUAAAUC